AUGGCUUACCACGGCCGGGGAGACGGCUAUGAGGGCCAUCCGAUGCAGGAUCUCAACGCGCAUAAUGGCCAGAAUGACGAUGAUGCGCAGGCCGCACUCCUGAACCAGAACGCGGCGUAUGACCAGGACCGCCUCGGCGCCCACACUCCUCCAGUCCGCCCUGUUUCCGCUUACAGUUUGACCGAGUCGUACGCUCCGGGUGCCCAAACAACACGGGCAGGUAUCGGUGUCAGCGCGACCCCGCCUCCUCCCGGGAACGGCGAAUAUGGGGCUCCCGGCUACUACCAGCCGCCGCAGUUCUCGGCCGAUCCGUCUUACAGGAUGUCCUCAGUCGACACGGAUGACAGCUGGCUUCGGCGACAGCAGCCCAACGCCGCGCCCAGCGGUGGCCUCAAGCGCUACGCGACGAGGAAGGUCAAGCUCGUUCAGGGUUCCGUCCUGAGUAUUGACUACCCGGUUCCCAGUGCCAUCAGGAACGCUGUGCAACCACGGUACCGCGACGAGGAAGGCAACAACGAGGAGUUCUUGAAGAUGCGCUACACAGCCGCUACCUGCGACCCCAACGACUUCACCCUGAAGAACGGCUACGAUCUGCGUCCCCGCAUGUAUAACAGACAUACGGAGCUCCUCAUCGCCAUCACAUAUUACAACGAAGACAAGGUCCUGUUGGCGAGAACACUGCACGGUGUCAUGCAGAAUAUCAGGGAAAUCGUGAACCUCAAGAAGUCGUCAUUCUGGAAUCGCGGUGGGCCAGCCUGGCAGAAGAUCGUCGUUUGCUUGGUGUUCGACGGUAUCGAAAAGGCGGACAAGAACGUGCUCGACGUGCUGGCUACCAUUGGUGUGUACCAGGACGGUGUUGUCAAGAAGGAUGUCGAUGGAAACGAGACAGUUGCCCACAUCUUCGAGUACACGACGCAGCUGUCCGUCACGCCGAAUCAGCAGCUCAUCCGUCCCGUGGAUGACGGGCCGGCGACGCUGCCUCCGGUGCAGAUGAUCUUCUGCCUGAAGCAGAAGAACAGCAAGAAGAUCAAUUCACAUCGUUGGCUGUUCAAUGCUUUCGGCCGCAUCCUGAACCCCGAGGUCUGCAUUCUGCUCGAUGCCGGCACCAAGCCGGGGCCCAAGUCCCUUCUGGCUCUCUGGGAGGGGUUCUACAACGACAAGGACCUUGGUGGUGCUUGCGGUGAGAUUCAUGCUAUGCUCGGUGCCGGAGGAAAGAAGCUGCUCAACCCGCUGGUAGCGGUCCAGAACUUCGAGUACAAAAUCUCCAACAUCCUGGACAAGCCGCUCGAAAGUGCUUUCGGCUACGUUAGUGUCUUGCCCGGAGCUUUCUCGGCGUACCGUUUCAGAGCCAUUAUGGGCCGGCCGCUAGAGCAGUAUUUCCACGGUGACCACACCCUGUCCAAGCUGCUGGGCAAGAAGGGUAUCGAGGGCAUGAACAUUUUCAAGAAGAACAUGUUCUUGGCCGAGGACCGUAUUCUCUGUUUCGAGCUUGUCGCCAAGGCGGGCCAGAAGUGGCAUCUCAGCUACAUCAAGGCGGCCAAGGGCGAGACGGAUGUGCCAGAAGGUGCGCCCGAGUUCAUCAGCCAGCGUCGUCGUUGGCUGAACGGUUCGUUCGCUGCCAGUUUGUACUCGCUCAUGCACUUCGGGCGCAUGUACAAGAGCGGCCACAACAUCUUGCGCAUGUUCUUCUUCCACGUCCAACUGAUCUACAACAUCCUCAACGUCAUCUUCACAUGGUUCUCUCUGUCGUCGUACUGGUUGACAACAAGCGUCAUCAUGGACCUCGUCGGCACUCCGAUUCCGGCCUCGCAGAACUCUGCUGAGCACCACGCCUGGCCCUUCGGUGACUCGGUAACUCCCUUCUUCAACGCGGUUCUCCAGUAUAUCUACCUGGCUUUCGUCAUUCUGCAGUUCAUCUUGGCCCUGGGUAACCGGCCGAAGGGUUCCAAGUGGACGUACAUCACCUCGUUCAUCGUCUUCGCCAUCAUCCAGGCCUACAUCAUCGUUCUUUCGGUCUACCUAGUCGCCCAGGCUUUCAAGACGCCGCUCGCCAGUCAGAUCAACACGGAAUCGGCCCAAACUGUGCUCCAGUCCCUGUUCGGCGGCGAUGGCGCAGCAGGCGUCAUCUUGGUAGCUCUGAUCACCAUCUACGGCCUCUACUUCCUGGCGUCGUUCAUGUACCUCGACCCUUGGCACAUGUUCCACUCGUACCCGCACUACAUGCUGCUCAUGUCGACCUACAUCAACAUCCUCAUGGUGUACGCCUUCAACAACUGGCACGACGUGUCGUGGGGUACCAAGGGCUCGGACAAGAACGACGCUCUGCCGUCGGCCACGGUCACCAAGGGCGAGAAGGACGAGGUGGUGGUGGAGGAAAUCGAGAAGCCGCAGGAGGAUAUCGAUCAGAUGUUCGAGCAGACGGUCCGCAGAGCUCUCGCACCGUUCAAGGAGGAGGAGAAGCCCGAGCCCAAGGACCUCGAGGAUUCGUAUAAGUCCUUCAGAACCAUGCUGGUGGUGACGUGGUUGUUCUCCAACUGCUUGCUUGCUGUUGUCAUUACCAGUGACAACUUCAACGGCGUUGGCAUUGGCCAAUCCGCGACUACAAGGACGGCUUGGUUCUUCAAGUUCCUGCUGUUCGCCACCGCCGGUCUCUCGGUCGUCCGCUUCAUCGGCUUCCUGUGGUUCCUCGGCAGGACUGGCAUCAUGUGCUGCUUUGCCCGGCGCUAA